AAAACACAUCCAUUUCUCACUUUCCUUUUCUCUCCCCCCUCUCCUCUUCUCUCUGUGUUUGAAGAUAGUAUGGACCGACAACAUUGCAGGAAACAAGCCAAGAUGACCAAAGAUCAUGAAUCUGAAGAAGUUAGUAGUGCUGAGUGGGAGUUCAUCAACAUGAAUGAACAAGAGGAAGAUCUCAUCUACAGAAUGUAUAGACUGGUUGGAGAAAGGUGGGAUUUGAUAGCUGGAAGGAUUCCAGGGAGGAAAGCAGAAGAAAUAGAGAGAUUUUGGAUAAUGAGGCACAGUGAAGGGUUUGCAGAGAGAAGAAAAGAGCAAAAGAAAAAGACUCCUAAAACAAUCUGGCCACUGGAUUUCAAUGCCUUCAAAUAGUAUUCUUUAUUUCUUUCAUUCUUUCCAGCCAUCUUGGGUUGCGAAGCAGCAGAGUUAAUUGUGAACCUUUGUACUGGGAUUAUGUAUAUUGAACUUCCUACUUGCCUAGAAUGGAUUGCUAUGAUAAUGACAGAAGUCAGAGAAACAUAUGACAUGAGGGCAGAUGAUUUAAAUAAGAAUUCAUAAACGUU